AUGUGCGUAAACCCCGCAGCUGAUGGUCUCGAUGGAUAUCUGGGUCUGCUGCGUACUAAGCUUAUACUCCAAGAGGCUUUGUUAGACCAGUGGCAGAGAGACUGGCUUGAUCAACCGGCCUCUAAGCGAAUCGACAUUCAGAAACAACGAAUUCUUCAGAGACACAAAGAUGCGGUUCUCGCCUCAUUAACAACAGUCAAAAUACUACUCGAGUCACUGGAACCACUUCGUGAGGCCUCGAGAUCAGAACUUGCACUCGAGCGCCUGAAGUUGGUGACCGGUGGGACGGAAGAGCAUGAUAAGACGCUUGUGCAAAUAAGCGCAGUCCUCAGCGACUUGUAUCGCUUGCUACCGACUCGAGACCCAAAUAUUGCCCUUUCACAGACUGUUUCGUCGCUGGAGCAUAUCGGCAACAACCAGCAAGUACUAUUUCAAGACAGCGACUCGACUCAACAUGUGAUACAACCUGAUAAGCUCAAACGAGCUAUCAACUUUCGCCAACUGGGAUAUGACCUAGAUCAAGACCUGGAAAAACGAGUCGCGGCGUUUAAAAGCAGUACUGGUGAUGCUGAUCUCACUAUUCGCUCAGACAGAGUCAGAAUUUUGAAAGAUGAUGAUGUCGCUGGCGGAUUAAGAAGCCUUGGAACACUUGACUCAAAUACUCCGAUAGUGAUCGAGUGGAAGCGUUACGACAUUACCUGGAAAGGACAGAAAGGGAUCAGACUCAGGGGAAGAAUCCAGAACAUUGCGCGGCUCUUGCACGCUGAUACGAAACCCGAAGAACUCCUGACUCUCAACUGUCUAGGAGUGUUUGAUGACAUUGAAAAGAGUCGAUAUGGCCUGAUCUUUGGAUAUCCUUUAGGAACCAGUCAACAAACAGAUCUGGUAUCUCUACAAACGUUGAUCAAAUCACCAACGCCUGAGACUCUACCAACAUUGGGUGACCGAUAUCGUAUGGCUUAUACCCUGUCACUCUCACUGGCCGUCCUUCAUGCGGCGGGAUGGUUCCAUAAGAGCAUCAGAAGCCAUAAUAUCAUGAUUCCAGUGCGGCGCAACCAGCCCAUCUGGUCUCAGCCAUACCUCGUCGGAUUUGAAUUCUCCCGUCCAGAUUCAGCGGAUGAGACCACCGAAAAGCCCGAACAAAGCGUACGUUUCAAUCUUUAUCGUCAUCCUUCCGCACAGGGUAUUCCAGGAGAAUCAUACCGUCAAGGCUUCGACAUCUACAGUCUCGGCGUCGUGCUUCUCGAAAUUGGUCUAUGGCGUGUAGCAUGGAGCCUGCGUCGUGACGACGAAAACCCCGCCAAGUUCAAGGAAGUGUUGCUCAGCAAGGUAGACGACAGGCUAGCUCACUUCAUGGGGACAGAGUAUCAAGAGGCGGUAAGGAGUUGCCUGAACGGUGAUUUGGAUCAUGGGGAGGGAUCGGUGAUACGGGCUUUCUACAAUGAGGUUGCGGAAACUAUGUGCUCAUUGGCGGAGUCACAGCCAUUAUGA